AUGAAUCUCGAUGCGCCAAUCGGAACGCUUCUUUUAGCCAUUGCCCUCACCGACGCCAACAUCAUCUUGACCACAGGCGCGCCCGAAGAGAUCAGCGGCGGCGCAUCAUCAGCAGUAGUAAGUGCGCUGUCUCUGGGCGCUCUUGCGCUCAAAACCGCGGGCGGACGCGGCGGCGGCGGGAUCGGGAGAGCUGCCGCAUCUAUUUGCCUGCCUUUCGGCAGCCCCGAGCUAUAUUUUGCAAUGGCUGCCGACGGAGAUGUCUCGCUGGGCUGCGGUCGUCGAUUUGUGUGUGAAGUGGAGGCUGCUGCUGUGGAAGAUGAUUUAGCAGAGGAAGAACUGCUCAUUCGCGGUGUGUUCUCGAGAGGACCUAUCGCCUUCGACGGGACUCCCGCCGUAGUUUUCGCAGAGGCAGGUGCCCUAGGGGCCACACAAGGCCUAGAAGCCUGCACCAGAGCUUUCAAGACCUGUCCCUUCGGUAGGAAGACCAUCUUUCUGGCUUUCAAAGACGCGCAGAGGGUCUUUUAAUGCUUCUAAAAGCGUUUAAAUCUGGUUACACGAAAUCUCCAUUUUUUGGGGGGGGAGACAUUCGGUUUCCAGUUCAACCUAAGUUCAAAUGAUCUCCUCUUUGUCUCCCAUAGACCGUGAGGACUGGGUAGUUUGGGAGAUUUAAUUUCAAGGUUUCAAAGUUACACAUUAGCGAAGUCUAAAAAAAUCUUGCUUUUUCUUUUAAUAAAAUAAAAAGUCCUGUUAAAAAACGAUUUUUUUUAAUGAGUAGGCCUAUUCAUGGCUGCCGGUCCUAAUUACGUUAAAUGUUUAUUCUUAAUAAAAGUGAUAAUAUAUUAUUA